AUGGCGGGAACCGCGAGUAAUCUCAAUCUGACCGACCUGUUGAUCCGCCUUCUCAGUGUCGGCAAUCCGGAAAAGGGUCUGACCAAAACAGUGAAGGAUGAAGAGAUCUUGACAGUCUGCGGUAAGAGUAUUUGUUGAUAGUGUUUUGUUAUUUUAGGCAACAACAUUUGAAUUUUGAUCAUUGAGAUGGCUGAUUCUUAUGUUUUCAGCAAAGGCUCAUGAUGUUUUUCUCUCACAAUCAGUGUUUGUUGAGAUUGAUCCGCCGGUUCGUAUUUGUGGCGACACUCAUGGCCAAUAUGGCGAUUUAUUGCGUCUUUUCAAUCGAGGAGGGUUCCCGCCCACCUCGAACUACUUGUUUCUGGGAGAUUACGUUGACAGAGGACGCCAGAAUCUUGAGACGAUCUUGAUUUUGUUUAUUUACAAGGUAAUACAAAGACUUUGUCAAAUUUACAUUGUUUUAGCUCAAGUACCCGAAUAAUUUCUUUUUGCUCCGUGGAAAUCAUGAGUGUGCCAACAUCAACAAGGUCUAUGGUAAGUAUUUUGGCUUUUUCUUGCUGUUUAGGACGUCUUGUUCAACGUUGCAACGAAUUUGUUUCUUUGUUGGACUUUAUAUUACUAAUGGGGUAGUCGAUCCAAAAAUUGAUGGUUUUCUUCCAGGAUUUGCCGAGGAGUGUGCGCGCCGUUAUCAACAGAGUGGCCAGAGGAUCUGGCAAGCGUUCCAAGAUGUUUUCCAAGUGAUGCCACUCUCUGGUUUGGUCGGGGAUCGAAUCUUAUGUAUGCAUGGAGGAAUCUCGCCGCAAUUGAAGAGUCUGAAGCAAUUACGGGAUAUCAAACGGCCCAAUGAUGCUACGGGACCCACAUUGGAGAUGGACUUGCUCUGGGCUGAUCCAGUUGUGGGCAAGUUUAUUUUUUGGAUAAAUUUUUUAUUGUUUUAGGUAAUUAUGGCUAAAAUUUUUUGAAAAUUCCGGUUUGAUGCCGAAAUCAAUAUAAUUUUGGUCGUUUUAAUAAAUUGGCCUACAGAAAAUCUCCUGAUUGUUCUGUUUUUAGGUCUUACCGGGUUCCAAGAGAAUAUGAGAGGAGCUUCCUUUGGCUUUGGUCCAGAUGUCUUGGCCAAACUUUGUGCGGAAUUAAAUAUCGACAUGGUCGCCAGAGCUCAUCAAGUCGUCCAGGAUGGGUAUGAAUUCUUCGGCAAUCGAAAGCUGGUCACCAUCUUCUCCGCCCCACAUUAUUGUGGCCAAUUUGACAACGCUGCGGCUAUGAUGAUCGUCGAUUCGAACCUCGUCUGCUCAUUUCAGGUAAGGACUUUUUUUAUUUGUUGUCUUUUUUUAGGGUGAAUAAUGGGAUUGAGAAUUGAUGAUUGAAUUUGCAGAUCCUCCGCCCGACCCUUGGCCGUGGCGUCACCAAAACUGUGCCGACUUCGCAAGGAAAAUGUUGA